AUGGGUGAUUUUGGCCCCGCAGCGUCUGAGGAGCGAGAGCAGCUUGGGGAUAGCCUUGUGGCGAUCAAGGAGUCUGUCCAGGAUAUCCAUGUACUCGUUACUGGCUUCGGCCCUUUCAAAUCCAACCUCGUAAACCCUUCCUUCCUAAUCGCCUCCGCCCUCCCAAAAAUAAUCACCAUCCCCCAGACCACCCCCACCUCCACUCCCCGCCGUAUCCUCAUCCACACCCAUCCCGUCCCAAUCCGCGUCUCCUACCAUGCCGUCCGCUUUGCCAUCCCCGCUAUAAUAGAUGCCUUCAAGAACGGCCACGAUGGCCGCCCGCCAGACUUCGUCAUCCACAUCGGCAUGGCGAACACACGGGACUACUACGCCGUAGAAACUAUGGCUCACCGCGACGACUACGGCUACACGGAUGUUGACGGGCAGGUUGGCUUUGAGGAUGGCGAAGCGAUCUGGAAAGCGAUGGGAUUGCCAGAGGUCCUCAGGCCAGGGCCAUGUACCGUGCCCGGCGAUGAUGAGAUGGAGGGUAGUGGCGGUGCCGGUGGCAUUGAUGGUGAUGGAAGUCCGUCACUGAGAAAGUCGUCUACAACCGUAUACACUACAACGGGGAUAUCAGCUACUGUCGCUACUGAUACCACGGCCACCGCUUCCAACGCCAACGCCACGACGACGACAACGACUGUUCGUCCCACAUCAUCACCGUCGCCGUCGCCAGACAUAGACAAGCAACCUCAACCCGAACAACAAGACCAAACUCCCGCACCCCCGCAAACCCCGCUCAACGAAAUCACCACAACCAUAACCACCACGGCCUCACACACCCCCACCUGCCCCUCCCCGCCCGACGCCCACUUCCUCAAAACCUGGCAAUCAUUCGUCCCGCGCACUGCUGACGUGCGCCUCUCCGACGAUGCCGGCCGCUACCUCUGCGAGUUCAUCUACUACACCAGCCUGAUGCAUGCAUACCUGGAACGGCGCAAUCGGAGCGUCGUAUUCCUGCAUGUGCCGGGCCGGGCGGAUGAUGAGGCCAUUCAGCUUGGGAAGGAGGUUGCGGCGGGGCUGGUGAGGUGUCUGGCGGCUUGUUGGGUUGUUUGA